AUGGGUCAACAGAAGAUUUCCAAGACUUUGUAUGAGAAGAUCUUUGACUCUCACAUUGUUUCAAUGAAUGCGAACGGCAAUGCGCUGCUUUACAUUGGUCAGAUAAUAUCCCCCUGUAAAUCGGAAGUAAGCACAGGCUUACAUUCUCAGACCGUCAUCUUAUCCACGAGGUCACGUCACCAGUAAGUUUUACUAAAAGAAACUCCUAAUGUAGAAGAUCCACAUAAGCUGAUAUCAAUCACAUCAUAGCAAGCCUUCGAAAGUCUACGGAUAAAUCGCCGCCACGUUCGUCGAGCAGAUCUUACACUGGCUACGUCAGAUCACAACGUACCUACUACGUCUCGCAAGGAUUUGGAUGAAAACUCAUACAUGCGGGAUGGUCAAUCACGCCUUCAAUGCCGAACCCUAGAGCAGAAUGCUAAAAAGCAUGGAAUCCGGUACUUUGGCUUGAACAGCGCAAACCAGGGUAUUGUGCAUGUCAUUGGGCCUGAAUUGGGAUUUACGUUACCUGGUAUGACAAUUGUUUGUGGGGAUAGCCACACAAGCACACAUGGUGCUUUUGGAGCUCUUGCAUUUGGAAUAGGGACAAGUGAGGUUGAGCAUGUUCUGGCAACACAGACUCUAAUCAGUACUCGACUCAAAAAUAUGAAGGUUCAAGUAGAGGGGCAAUUGUCAUCAUGCGUCACUUCCAAAGACAUCAUACUCUAUACGAUCAAAACCAUCAGCGCUGCAGGAGGUACUGGUAUGGUCAUCGAGUUUUCCGGAAGUACGAUCCGAAGUCUUAGUAUGGAGAGUCGCAUGAGUCUAUGCAACAUGAGUGUCGAGGCCGGAGCGAAAGCUGGACUCAUUUCUCCAGAUCAAACCACGCUAGAAUACCUCAAAGGACGGCCACUUGUUUCUAAGGAUCCUGUCGAAUGGGAAAGAGCAGCAUACUAUUGGUCAACAUUCAAAUCUGACCCGGACGCUAGAUUCGAUGAAGUCGUUCAAAUCGAUGCCACGGACAUUACCCCUCAUGUUACCUGGGGUACCUCGCCUGACCAGGUAGUAUCCAUCACCGACGUCGUUCCUCAUAUAUCGCAAAAUAUGGAUACCAGGGCACGGGAAGCUCACAUUCGGGCCUUGGAGUACAUGAAUCUCCAGCCAGGGACCGCUAUGCACGACAUCAAGAUUGAUAAAGUCUUCAUUGGCUCUUGUACCAAUGCGAGACUCGAGGAUCUUCGUGCCGCCGCUCGAAUUCUUCAGGGUGCAUAUGUCGCGCCCGGAAUCAAAUUAGCCUUGGCCGUGCCUGGUUCUGGACUUGUGAAGGCGGCCGCGGAACGAGAAGGACUCGAUCUCAUAUUCAAAAGAGCGGGGUUUGAAUGGCGAGAGGCGGGAUGUAGCUUAUGUGUCGGCUUGAAUGAAGACAUGCUUCUCCCAACUGAAAGAUGUGCGAGCACUAGCAACAGAAAUUUUGAGGAUAGGCAAGGUGCAGGUGGAAGAACUCAUCUCAUGUCCCCAGUGAUGGCAGCCGCUGCUGCAAUCCAGGGAAGUCUGACCGAUGCGCGAUUGCUUCCACAGGGGCCUUCCAGACCUGUGUUACUUCAUACUGCGGAAAUAAUACUCCCAAUAGUGCCAGAGAUUAGCGACACAGAAGCGAGUGGCGUGGGCAUGUCACUUGAGAAUAACGCCCCUAAGCCACUCGCAGAAGGGUUUUCCAGAAUAUCUACCAGGGAAUCUCAACCAAUCAGCUCAAGUCAAAAGUUUCACGAUUGGAAGGGAAUGAUGGUACCCCUCAACAGGUCCAAUGUAGAUACAGACUGCAUUAUCCCCAAGCAAUUUCUUAAAGCCGUCGGCCGCGAUGGCUUUGAUAAAGGCCUAUUCUAUUAUCUGCGACACCCCAGUCGUAGUGGCGGACCAGAAGAAGAUCCUAGUUUCGCCUUGAAUAAACCUCAAUACACUGGGGCAAGUAUCCUUCUCGUAACAGGAGAGAACUUUGGGUGUGGUAGCUCGCGAGAGCAUGCAGUCUGGGCUUUACAGAGCUGGGGGUUUCGCUGCGUACUGGCACCCAGCUUUGGUGAUAUUUUCUAUAACAACUCAUUUCAGACUGGCCUACUGCCAGUCCGAAUCACCUCAUCCUCUCUUCUCCGAGAAUUGGUUGUUGAAGCGGAAGCAUGUCGAGAGAUUGUAGUGGAUUUAUUGACACAAAAGAUCUAUCGAGGUGAAAAUAAGACUCUUCUUGGGACCUUUUUGGUCGAAGAACACUACCGCAAAGCUUUGCUCUCGGGUUUCGAUAGCAUCUCAAACACCCUACAGUUCAAAGAGGCUAUUGAAAUGUUUGAAGGCCGAGUGAAAGGAGAAACGCCUUGGCUUCAAUCUCUGCCUCUCUUAAAAGAUACCAUGGUGAAAGGAGGAUCCUUUGGCAAGAAGGAUCCACUAGAUUGGUAG